AUGGAGUACCGGGGUGGGCUUGGUAACCCGCAGUGGCGUCGUCCGACGCGGCGACACCCUAAAUCGACGGCCGAACUGGUCCCUGGAAAAUCCACGAGGCCAGCUGCCACGUCCAAGCCCUUGCUCCUCUCCUCUCAACCACCACCACCACCACUCUGCCUGCGGACGCCCGCCAGCAAGAAAGGACGUGCGAAGAAGAAGGCGGUCAAGGUUGACUCCCCUGCAGAGACCGAAGUUAGCCUUCGAGUGCCAGAGACCGGUGGCAAGGCUGCAAGCGAGGCGCGUCCACGUCGGUCAACCAGACAAGUCGACCCUGAGCUGCAAGAGCUGGCCAGAGAGAUCAGGACUCAAGAGCGAGCUGAACGAGGUGCAUUCGAGAAAGCGCGCGAGAAGGAGAUCGCCAAUCCUACAAUUACCCAACCGCGCUCAGCCAAAGCACAAGCGUACAAGGAUAGAGUGUGGCUCCCAAGUGGCAAGAAGCGCGAACGCAAAGAAUCUGAAGUCGCCGCAUCCCCCAUGGCGAGUGCUGUCAAGCGAGGGCGUGUGACCAAGACAGAUGACGAGGCUGCCACUGCCGAGGACUCAGGAGACCAUUGGCACCAAUCCAGAGCCAAUGCGAGGCAAAGCAGUCCAAUGCUGUUUGGCUCUGCAGGCCGUGAAGUUAGUGGGAUGGACAAGGAUAUAGAGAUGGAUCGCACCGACACCACCUCGAAGAAACCUGUGGGAAGUGUCAGCAUGUCAGAGCCGGAGCAAGAUUCCGAUUACGAUUUCGUGCAGUCAGAUGCUGGCCGCGAGGACGAUGAGGACUUCGAUGUUGAGCAUGAAGCCGGCGUCUCCCAGCACAAGGCGGAGAGGAUCGCACAGCAACUCAGACAAGGCACUGCAACCUUCGUCUCGAAACCUGGCCGCAAGUCCCGCGACAACCUCACCGACGACAAGGCUUCCAGUGACAACGACUCCGAGUACAAGGCCGAUUUCCUCGACGACGAUGACAGCCAGCUGGGCUCCGACGAGGAUGAAAGCAGCGAGCGCGAUGACAGCGAGUCGAAUGGCGAACACGUCCCCGACCCUGCCUGGCAAGCAAUGAUUGUCCGUCAUGCCCAGCGCCGUACUACGGGCAAAUCCGUGACAGCUCCUGUUGGCCUGCCAGAGAACCGCGUCGUCGUCGGCGUCGAAGGCUCUCCACGUGGGGAGGACGUCACUGAGGUAACAUGCCACAUAGCCUUCUCCUUAGCUGGUGUCCUCUCAGUCGCGCUGACACUAUGGUUGGAGGUGCAGGUCGAUCGCCCCAGCCAACUCACCAAGGUGCGCGGCUCCCCUGGCGGCGAACUCGUGAAAGAAGCCAACAGAGCCCCGACGAAGCCCUCCGAGCAAACGGGGAUGCCACGCGCUGACACCUCGGAGGGAUUGCCUGCUCCUGCGCUCCCGGCACAUGAGCACUUCGUGGACGAGCACUUCGUAGUCGUCGCGCGCAAGCCGCGCGGUGGUAAGGCCAAGGCUCAGACCCCCAUCACCGAUGAUAGAGCCCAGGCGCCGGCGCCGCCACAGACGGCGACGAAGUUGGUGCCUCAGGGUACCACCAAGAUCUCUGGCGGGAAAGUUCAUAAACGGAUAUUUGGGACCAGCGAUGAUGACGAGGACAGUCUGGCUGAGCCCGUGGUGAAGCCUCAGCCCAAGCCAUCGCGUCCAAAGGGUUCCAACGAGGCAGGAGUGUCGAAUAGGGCUAACAUCAGCAAAACCGGCACUUCCUGA